AAUAAGUAUGGAAUCAAGCGCAGAAGCUGAUUAUAUUAUUAAACUCAUCCUCAUGGGAGACAGUGGAUGUGGGAAGACUAGCAUCCUUGCAAGAUAUAACAACCCUGACCCUGGUCAUAACAUUCCAACGCAUGCAACAAUUGGAUAUGACUUUUCAAGUAAACUUUAUGAGCAGGAUGACAAGGUCAUUCAAGUGCAUGUGUGGGAUACCACAGGUCAAGAGAAAUACAAAUCUCUGAUCAAGACUUAUUACAAGUAAAGCAAUGGCUGCUAUUUUGGUUUAUGAUAUCACUAAGGAAGAGACUUUUGAAAAUUGAAAUAACUGGCUUAAGCAGCUUCGCAACUCCGGGGAACCUGGCUGUGAGGUCAUGUUAGUAGGGAAUAAGAUAGAUCUUGAAGUUGAAAGAGCAGUCAAGACUGAGGAAGGAAUGAAGUUUGCAGAGGAAAAAUAAUAUUCAAUUCUUUGAAACAAGUGCCAGGGAAGGCUUAAAUGUCAAGGAAGUGUUUGAUGCAUUAUUAAAUAAAGUCUUAGAAAAGAUUAAGAGGCUUGAAGGCUCAGAUUCAAAGCAAAAUGUAGACAGUAGAGAAGAAGAAUCAAUUGAUGCAUAUAAGAAAUCAAUAAAUUCACAAUUGUCGAGGAGUAUAAAGCAAUCAAGAAAAAAGAAAGGCUGAGCUUGCUAAUAAAAAAAGAUAGGCCAAUAUAUUCAUUAAUGAAAGCAUGC